UCAGAUGAUGAGAUUUUGCUCAUGUCUAAUGAAGAAAUAACAUCAUUCACUUCUCAACUAGACAAUGAAAUAAAACGCAUGAACACUGAUGUUAUGAUUCAAUCGCUUGAACUGCAACUUCUAGCUGUAAACAUUAAAAGAAACGAAAAAGCAAUUGAAGCCCACAAAAUAUUACCUAAUGUGGUAUCUAAUGUCAUAGAAUUAUUAGAUGUUGACCAAUUCGGUGAUGUUGUUGAUUUAGACAGCAAAAGAACAGAGAAAUGUGCAAUUGUUAAAACAUCGAUGGGACAUACAUACUUCUUACCUAAUACUGGUCUGGUAGAUCCAGAACAAUUAAAACCAGGAGAUUUGGUUGGUGUUAACAGAGAUACGUGUGUAAUAUUAGAGAAAUUACCUGCUCCUUACGAUGCACGUGUUAAAGCAAUGGAGGUUGAUGAAAGACCUACUGAACAAUAUGCAGAUAUCGGCGGCUUAGACAAACAAAUUCAAGAGCUUAACGAAGCUGUAGUGUUACCUAUAACUCGCAAAGAAAAAUUCCUUAAUCUCGGCAUACAACCACCGAAAGGAGUUCUUUUCUAUGGCCCUCCUGGUACUGGGAAAACUCUUUUAGCUCGAGCAUGUGCUGCUCAAACAAAGUCGACAUUUUUAAAGCUUGCUGGUACUCAACUGCUACAAAAGUAUGUUGGCGAAGGAGUAAAAUUAGUACGAGAUGCAUUUGCUUUAGCUAAAGAAAAAGCUCCUGCAAUUAUAUUUAUUGAUGAAUUGGAUGCUAUUGGUACAAAGCGUUUUGACUCUGAAAAGGACGGCGAUCGAGAAGUUCAAAGAACAAUGUUGGAACUCCUUAAUCAAUUGGAUGGUUUUAGUUCAACAGCUGAUAUAAAAGUGAUUGCAGCUACUAACAGAGUAGAUAUUUUGGACCCAGCUUUGUUAAGAUCUGGUAGAUUAGAUAGAAAAAUUGAGUUUCCAUACCCCAACCAAGAAUCUCGUGCACGUAUAAUGCAGAUUCAUUCAAGGAAAAUGAAAACAUUUAAUAUUAACUUUGAAGAACUUUCAAGAUCUACUGAUGAUUUCAAUGGGGCGCAAUGCAAAGCUGUUUGUGUUGAAGCUGGUAUGAUUGCUCUGAGAAGAGAUGCAUCAAUUGUUACUCAUGAAGAUUUUAUGGAUGCUAUAAUAGAAGUUCAAGGUAAAAAGAAAUCCAACCUAAACUAUUACUGUUAA